AUGAGCUCCGAUCUUAUGGAGUUUGAAGCUCCAAAUUUUAAGAACUCGACUUUCAGACUUGACAGGCCAUCGUCGUACUUAUUGAACAAAGCAAGAAGAGAUGAAAUCAAUGGAUAUUCAAAUCUCAAAAAGUCAAUGACUUCGUCCACUGUCUACAUUGGAAAGCUUUCAUUCAACACUACAGAAGAGCAACUUUUUGAAUUGUUCAGUAGCUGUGGAGUGAUUGAUAAAAUCAUAAUGGGACUAGACAAAAACAAACUGACACCAACUGGUUUCUGUUUCGUGGUAUUCAAGGAGCCGAAUGGGGCUCUGAAUGCUGUUAAGUAUCUCAAUAAAACUAAGGUCAAUGGCAGAUCCAUGGAAAUUGACCUGGAUCCAGGAUUUGAAGAAGGACGCCAAUUCGGAAGGGGAGCAGACGGUGGACAGAGACAACAACCGCAACAGUUUAACCACAGAUACGACUACAACAACCGGAGAGAUAAUUACGACCGUCGAAAUGGCAGAGGUGGCUACAGGAGAGGAUGGGGAAGAGGAGGAAGAGGAAGAGGAAACUAUAGAGAAAGACCUCAAAGGAAUUAUGAUGCACCACCUCAAUACCGCGACAACUAUCUUCCUCCCCAACCUCAGGAAACUCAAGGAUAUAGCGAACCUAGCCAGCCCUUGCCUCCACAUCUCCAGGGUUCGGAUCUGCCACCACAUUUACAGUAA